UUUCUGAGAGGAGUCGUGUGUAUGUGUGGGAGAAUGGUCGUGAAUUUUGAAUUAAUUUUGCGUUGAUACAUCUUACAACAGUUUAUACUUAAGCCUAAAAAUGCAAAUUGAAGGAAACAUUUCAUUCAAUUGGACCUAAAUAAUUCGAUAACUUCAUUUGGCCAGACGGUCCCGCUCCGCCGCCAUGCUGCCGGUGCCGCUGUUCCGGCUGCGGCCUCUGCUGGGGUUGGACGGCGGCGCCUCCGUCCGGCUGGUGGCCGCUCGGCAGACGGGCGCCGACUCGGUGCUGGCGCUGCUGCUGGACUCUGGCGCCCUGAUGCUGGUGCUGCUGCGGCCCCGCCGCCGGCCCGUAGUGCGCCAGGUGGACCUACCGGCCGAGACGGACAAACGCGUGGCGGCCAUGUGUCUGUGUCCGACCGGUGACUGGUUGUUAGUGGCGGUGUCUGCCGGGGCGCUGUUCGUGCUGCCCGCCGGCUGCGCGCUGAGGGGCACCCGACCCUCGCCCGGUGGACGACUGCGGGCUGACGACGCGACGGCGUACCCCCCGGCAGCGCACCCGCCGCAGCCGACAGCCGUCGCCUGGUGGCGCCACGGCAGCGCGGACCUCGCGGUGAUCGGUGGACGACAGGGGGAGAUCGAGUUUGUAGACUUGGCCAGUGGUGAGCGAGUGGGCGGGACCUAUGUGCGACGCGGCAUCGCGAGACUGGACGUAGUGCGUGAGGACAUAGAGGGGCGUGUGUAUCUCCUCAUCUCGAGUGCCGGCGGCGGUGAGCAGUGGCGGCUGUUACUCGAGCACCAGGUGGCCGGGUAUAUCGUGCCUCUGGACGCGCUGCAGGCGGCGCCGUCCUCGGAGAGCACAGACUCGCCCGGAGAGCUGGUCAGGAACAAACUGAACAGCCUGCGCCAGCUGUCGCGCGAGAAGCUGGGCUCGCUGCAGCAGCGCUGGGCCGACUCGCGCCUGUUUCGCCGCUCGGUGGCCAGGGACGAAACGGGCGCGUGCGGUACGGCCAGCGGCUCGGACUCGGCCUCCACCGGCUCCGGCUCCACGCCCAUCGUCACUGUCGAGCCAGACACGCCGCGCACGCCCAAACCGGAGAGCCUGACCGGGCUGGUGGGGGAGACGCGUGUGGCGCUGCACUCACUGCGCUCGGGAGAUGUGCUGGCUGGGUACUACGAGCCCACCGGAACACUGUCGGUACAUAUGGCCGACCUGGAGUCUGUGCCGCUGUCUAUCCACAAAAUGCCGCCGUCCGUCGGCAGACUACUCGUCACGGACGCCGUGAUUUUCGUGACGGACGUGGACGGCGCGCGGCUGUUCCUCAUCUCCAGUAACUUCUCUCAGUGUGACAUGGACAUGCGUCGGUUUAACGAGGACUGCGUGCUGUCGGUGUUCGACCUGGAGCCGGCGGACGGGCUGCUGGCGCUGCUUCCCACCGCCGAGAGCGCGCCGCCGGCCCGGCCGCGGCUCCGUCCCCACCUGGAGACUCUGAAGCCGACACCGAUGCGCGGUUGUCUGGUGGUGACCCGGCGCGGGCUGGCCAUCUGUGAACCGCUGACCACCCCGGAGGCGGCGCUGCUGGAGCUGGGGACGUCGGCCGGCGCUGGAGCUCACCUGCUCGAGCGGGUACACAAACUGUUCAACGUACCCGUCGGCAGGCUGUUUGAGACGCUGGGUGAUCUGAAGCUGGAGGAACGCGAGUUCACGCUAGCGCUGGCCUACUAUCGUCUCACCAAGAAACCACACAUGGCGGUGGUGCACAAGUUUGCCGCGUUCGGGUACUCGUCACAGCUGCUGCACUACGCCACCAUCCUGCUGUCGGGUGUGAGCGAGGGCCUGCUGCUCUCGGACCGGCGGCGGCUCUCGGAUAUGGCACUGCUGGCGCACUGCGAGAUGGCCCUGCGAUCGGGCUCCGCCAACGACGACGCCGCGCUCGCCAAGUUUCUGAGGACAAACCGGCACUAUGACGCUGGCCUGGCUCUGCAGUAUACCCUGCUGGCGCGUCAGUGGGACUGUGUGCGGUACCUGCUGGCCGAGCGGCGCCAGCAGCAGCGGCUGCUGGCCUGUCUGACCAGCCCCGAGCCGGCGCCGGCGCCGCCCGGUGACGACGUCCUCGACCACGAGGUGGCGCACGACCCGGGCCUGCGAGCCGUGCUGCUCGCCCGGCCGCGGCUCGCCGGCCUGUACGUGAUGAAGGUGUGUGAGCGGGUGCCGCGGCUGCCGGCGGCGGUGCUCCGACGGCUGGCGGCUAUCACUGACCCUCUGAGCGCGGAGCUGCGGCCGCUGACACACGGCCUGCUCGGCCACCAGCCGUCCCGCCGCACGCUGUCCACCUCUCAGCCGCCGUCCCGGACCACCCUCACCAACGGCGGCAGUCAGGAGCUGUGUCCUCUGGAACCAGACGACCUGGUGGACCUGCACCUGCACGUGCUGCUGCACCUGGUGCGCGCCGCCGGGCCGGGCCGCGCCGCCGUGCUGCCCGCCCAGGCCGAGGCGCCGUGUCGUGCCGUUGGCGCCGCUGCCGACUGGCCGCCGACGCUCAGUGCUGGGUUCUCUCACGCGGCGCUCAGCCGGCGCGGCGAGCUGAUUGUCUGGGGCGAGAACAGCUCGCAGUGUCUCGGCGACCCGGAGCUCAGCGCCGAGCUGGCCACCCCGCGCGCCGUGGAGCACCUCUCGGCCGUCGGUGUGGCCGUUAUCCAGGUGGCGUGCGGUCGGGCGCACACAGUGGCGCUCACCACGGGCGGAGUGUACGCCUGGGGUGCCGGACGGUACGGCCAGCUCGGCCUGGGUGCGCCCGGCUCGUGUCCUCACCCGCGGCUGCUGCAGACUCUCGCCUACCGACGCGUGGUGCGCGUGGCGGCCGGACAGUACCACUCCCUGGCGCUCACUGACGACGGACGCCUCUGGGCCUGGGGCUGGAACGUGUUCGGUCAGUGCGGCCGGUCCAGUGUCGAGGACGUGCUGUGGCCGCGACCGGUCCCCGGAAUGAGCAAGAGGCGUGUAUCGGCUGUGGCCGCCGGCUAUGCGCACUCGGCGGCGCUCACUGACGACGGAAAAGUGUUUGUGUUCGGGUGUAAUGCGUACGGACAGCUGGGUGACGGAUCGACACGGAAGAGUUGCCGCGUGACACAGGUUGAGCUGCCCGAGCCGGCUGUGCACCUGGCGUGUGGCUUCUUCUGCUGUGUGGCGGUGCUUCGGUCAGGCCGCGUGUUUCGCUGGGGUCUGGACCCGCAGAGUGUGCGGCUCGGCGCUCAGGCGCAGAAGAAGAAAUCUCAGGCGGCAGCGGCGGCAGCAGCGGCAGCGGCCACCACAAACGGUGUCUCCAACGGUCCCGUGUCGACGCCCGCGCGCCCGGUCGGACCGGAGGCCCGCAGCAGUCAGAAGACAGUGGACCUUCUACGGGACGCGGCGCCCGGCGAGGCGACGCCGCCGGUGCGAGUGCAGCUCACCACCGCCACACCGCCAGCGGCGGCCGGCCGGCCCAUCCCUCCCAUUCGCGUUCAACUCGCCAACGCCACGCCUCCGCCGGUGCCGGCAGCCGGCCGUCCGACCCCUGACCCGCCGCCGGGCCCACAGCCACCGCCGGCCGCCACCGCCACCUCCCAGGCAGGCACCUUCACCCCGGAGACGCGCGAUCACCUCAGUCCAUCCGAGGUGGACACGUCAGACGUGGACGGCCGCGUGGUGAGUGUGGCCGGAGGCGCGCAGCACACGCUCUACCUGAGCUCCAGCGGCCGGCUGUACGCGCAGGGCCGGAAUCUGGACGGCCAGCUGGGGGUCGGGGGCAGGCAGGAGGCGCCGCGGCUCUCCGAGGUCACGGUGCCGGGCGGCGCGCAGACGGUGGCUGUGGCGUGCGGCGCUGACUUCACCCUGCUGCUCACCGACGACGGAGCCGUGCUCGGCUGCGGCAGCAACAGCUACGGACAGCUGGGCCAGCUGCCGGCCGCCGACAAACUGGACGACGCCAAGCUGGUGCUGCUGAAAAACCGGCGCCUGCUGCGGCUGCCGCAGGGCCAGAACUCGUCCGAGACGCCUCAGCCGGUGGUGGCCACCGACAGCGGCCGGCGCACGCCGCUCGAGGUGGCCUUCAGUCUGACGGAGCGGCACGAGUGCGCCUUCAGCCGGCCGGCCGAGUUCUCCGGCGACGCCGAGCGACUGCACGCCAUCAUCGGCCUCUUCCAGGGGAGUUACGACUCGGCGCAGCUGCUGGCCAAGUGUCUGGACAUGGGCUGUCUGUACGCGGCGGCGCGCGUCUGCUGCGUGGCCGGGAAGCCAGCCAAGGCGCUGCAGCACCACCUGGCGGCGAUCCGCGCGGAGGCGGCGGCCGAGCCAGCCAACGGCGGCGGCGGCGAGGCGCUGCUGGGCGCCGUCACGGCCGUGGCCGCCGAGUACCUGGCCCUGCCGGUGGACGGCUCGGUGGCGGGCAGCGUGCAGCUGCGUCAGCUGCUGCUGGAGCUGGUCGCCUUCUGGCUGGACUGCCAGCUGCCGGUGCCGCGGCUGGAGCAGCUGCUGGAGCCGCAGCUGGAGCGGCUCGCCCACCCGCUGGCCGUACUGCUGUUCGGUGGUAGCGCCGACAUGCAGCUGUCCGACUCUCGCAUCAGCGCGCUCUUCUCCCGCCUGUCGGCUGGCUUCUGUGUGCGACUGUGCGCGCUGGUGUGCGCCCAGAUCAGCGCCGGCCGCAUCUCCCGCGAGUUUCUGCCGGCGCUCGGCCGUUUAGUCCUGCCGCCGUCGGCGCAGCCCGUACCGGCUGACGCAGUACUCGACUCUGUCAUCUGUCAGCUCCUUCGGCACCGGGACGGCGGAGUGCAACUCACCGAAUCUCGCCUCGCCGAGCUGGCCCUGACUGACCCGCCGCCGGCACAGUUAGUCGCCUUCUCCUGUGGCCACUCUCUGAGCAGCGCCGCGCUGCGGGACGACGCGCUGCCGGAGCUGCGCGUCGGCCUGUCGUCGCUGGGCCGUCCGAUCCCGCGCACGGCCGCCCUGCUGAUGGCCCAGUACCGCCAGCUGGACGGCUGCCGCAGCGCCUGUCCCAGCUGCGUGCUGCGCUAUGUGCAGCGCUGUGUGGACACGACCAGUGAGGAGGAGGACGAGAUGUUGUAGCAGACGGCCGGCGGUCGGCGGCGGCCCGACCGGGACGGCGCCGCGCGCCGAGCCUCCUGCGGCGGCCGCUGCCGGAUCGCCUGAACACCCAGGACCUGCUCCAGCUGGCGGAGCUGGCCAGUGGUCUCAGUCAGUGCACGCCUCGCCGGUACCAGCGGAGGACGCCCCGGCUGCGGUACUCCUUACUCUGCCCCCAGCCAGGGACACCUCCGUACUCUGCCUCUAGCCGGACUCAGCCCCAUAGUGGUCCCACAGACCGUAGCUCUCUUCUGUCUAGUCCUGAUUUCCGCCGACACCGCUGCGGUUGCUAUGGCAACGAACGGAACAAGAACGUGUCUUCACUGUUGUGUGCUGUGAGCCGCCGGCCGGCCGGCCCGGAUCCUGAGCUUUGACGGGUGUCAUUUUGACGGAUUAAUUUGUGUAAUCGAUGCUGUGCGGAUGAUCUAAUCCAGUGUUGGGAUAUUAUAAGCGGUUGUUGUGCAUAUGUCUGCGUAGAGCUGCUAUGGUUUGUUGAAUAUACCGGCGGUCGCUGCGCUGUAACUCGGGAGCCGGUCAUUGGGCGCUCAGGGAAUUGACGUUUCCUUUGCAGGUCGGCAGUGUCUGUGUUUAGUCUCAAACGUGGCUGUACUAUUUCCGACUAUUUAACUCUCACUGCGGUGGGCAUUGCGGGCGGCUGGCUGUACCGGUCGUGACUCCGCGACAGUGACUGGUUCGUAUCUCUGUGUGUGUUGGUGCCUUUACCGUCUGUGUACCCGCCGAGCCGUGACCCCUGACCUCACAGGGUGACCCGGCGGCCGGCCGGCCAGGACCCCUCCCCCGCAACCCUAGGCUGCUGUCGGGCCCUGCCCGCUCCCCGGAGUGCUGUGCCCUCCCCAUGAGUCUCCCUGAGCUGUGUGCCGCCGGGGCGGUGUGGUGGUCCUCCCAGAGGCGCCGGUGGCGACAUCUCGCGGAGGCAGGCGGAGUCGCGCCCCGACGUGUCGUGCUUUCAGUUGUUUGUUGCUGGACGCUUGUAUACGUUAAAUAAUACAUGUUAUCUACCUUUG